AUGGAGCAUCCCAAUGUUCCCGAAAAUGCUGAAAAUGAUCGAAUCAACUUCGAUUACUCCAUGCUAGCACCUGAAGAUCUCCUUGAUUUGUGCCUCGUCGGAUCUCUGUUGACCAACAAACCGACUGGCUUCAAUGCGAUGAAGGAUAAGCUCGUCCAACUUUGGCAAUCAGGAUAA